AUGGAUGGCUUGAAGGAAGAUGAAGAGAAGAAGUCGAAGGAGUCUGCUGCUUCAAAUGUGGUAGAAGAUAAAGAUUCAAAAGAAGCAUUAAAGAAGAAGAAACGCAAACGGAGAAAGCGGAAAGGUGACAUGGAUUUGGACGAAGAUGAGCUGGUGGCGCUGAGUCGAAAUACUGGAGCGGCGACCGCGAAUUUUGCAAUGGGGACUUCAGACGAUGAAAAAUUUAUGAUUCCUAUGGUUGCAAAACAUCCCGAAAUGGAUGCGAAAGAUUUCAAAGAGUCAGGCGCUUACGCAAGUCCUAUGAGCUCGGCUGAGAAGGCAUCUGAUAAGUCUGCUGAGAGGGUGGUUGAGAUGCCUGUCGAAGAACAACCUGAAAAGCAGACCCCCAGAAUG